AUGGAAGAAGAAGGGCUGGCCCUGUUGGAAAAUGAGUCCUCCCAAAAGAUGGAAAUCCUACGUUUGGAACAAUCUAAGAAGAUCCUUCUGAGUUUGAACAUGGACCUUGAAAAGGAUCUGCAGAGAAUAGAUGAGGCAAACCAGUCUCUUCUAUUAAAAAUUCAGAAGGAAGAAGACAAGAACAACAGGUUGGAAAGUGAGCUUGCUCGCUUAGCACACUUAGCAGAAGAACAGGAGAGGAAAGAGUUAGAAUGUACCUUAUCUCAAAAGGAGCAGGAUUUGAAAGAAAUGGAACAGGAGACUUCAAAACUAGAAAAGAUCAACGAGGCUUUGACCCAGAGUAUAGCAGCGCUUCAGAAUCAGCUUUCAGAGAAAACGCGUGCACCCAAAGCAUUUGUGCCUGAGGAAGAAAACUUAUUGGGAUCUCCAGAAGUGGCAAAGAUGAAAAUACAACAGGCUGAAGUCUCUUUGGCAGAGCAAGAAAAGGAACUGGCCAAGGUACUGGAUGAAUACGAAUCUGUGCAACAGCUCUGUGAGGCCCAGGCCUUUUGCAUAAAGAAAUACCAAGAAGCCCUGAGGAAGAUGGAAGAAGAAGUAGAGAAUAGGUUCCUUGAAAGAGAAAUAUCAAAAGUCCUAAGUAUAUCCUCUCAAACAGCAAGUCGAGGGUUAAUGCUGGUGGAUGACAUCCAAAAUGAUGCGGAGAAAAUCAUUGUUGGAAGAAAGAGGAGCCUCUUCUGGUACAAGACUCUUGGAUAUCUCUUCUUUACAAUGCUAUUGCUCACCAGGCUACAAGGCUACCUGCUUUUCCAUAUUAAUCAUGUAAAUCCAGAUCUCAUAUUGGACACCCUGCCUAAGAUGCUGAGCCGGGGUACCUUGUAUAGGCUGAGGUGCUUCCUACUGCCAUUUUUUACACUGGAGGUAGAAGACGUCUUGCCUCACUAA